CCCAGCGCGCAUACUCAGGAUAUUAAGAAUAUAUUUGAUUCUUUUGAAAGCUUCGAGAAAGCUCUCAAGAAAAUCUUUAGUAAUCCCAAUAAAGAAUACAUUACAGCUCAGCAGCUUAUAAAUCUCAAGCAGAUUAAAUCAGCUUUUGCUUAUAUAAUUAGAUUCAAGCAGCUCUUGAUAAGACUUCUAUAG